AGCUGCAACGGGCUGCAACUCGUCAGACCACAAAAAAAAACCCCUCGCGACGCAUUCGCUGGCCUGCCAGCCCGAUGAGUGGGGAGGGGAUAACAGUGGUAGUGGUUGGGAGCGGGAGGCGAUCUUUUUUCAAUGUGCCAGUCCCCCCCUGCCGCCCUCGUUGCCACCGCCCUUCGACUGUUGAUGCGCAAAAACACAACAUGGCGCUCUCUUACAAGCACCUCGGGGAUCUUUCCCGCGCACAGCAGACACGGAUCGAAUCUAGCAGGACGAGAGUUGCAGGCUAGACAGCCGCCUCACGAGCAUCGGACCAUCUUUUUCUUCACUACCAUAUUUCACCAUUUACACCUAUUUGCAUCUUGCAGCAGGCCCUGCCCCUCAAAUCGUGUCCCCUCGUUCUAGCCAAGCCCGCGUAUAACGGAAAGCCAGUGCUACCUUCUCUGCCCGCAACACCGCCAAAGGAAGAGACGGACUGUGGUAUAAUAUCAGGGAAAAGAGCAGCGCAAAAAGCAGGAGAGAAGUAAUAAGAGCAGGGAAGCAAUCACAAAGAUUGGAAACAAAAAGUACAGGAAAGAGCAGAGGCAAUCAGCCCCUGCCGUCUUUUAUUGUCGUGGACCAGCCCGCCCAGGAUGGAGUCUCGACCUCGGAACGAGCCUCGCCCAGGCCUCCUCAGCGAGAGGCAUUCCUUCCCUCUCCAGACGCCGUCGCUUUCAGUCUCGGGCAUCCGCAGAGGACUGACUCGCGGCUUCAGCUUCCAGCGAAGAAGCACCAUCGCCAGCGCCAGCGUCACCAUAUCGUCUGGCUGCACCAACGCCAGCUCCGACGUCGCCUUCCAGGCCGACACUUGGGGCCCGCUCGGCCUUAAUCUUCUGCACUCGCCGCCCGAGCCCCUGAUCGACUUCAUCUUCGUCCACGGCCUGCGCGGCGGCUCCAUCAAGACAUGGACCAAGGGCGGCGACCCGCGCCUGUUCUGGCCCCAGGCCUGGCUCCCCCGUGACCCAGACCUCCAGCACGUCCGCAUCCACUCGUACGGCUACAACAGCGACUGGGGCGAUAACAAGCAUGACUUCCUGGACCUCGAUGACUUUGGCCGCUCGCUGUUUGGCGAGAUGUCGACGUCGCCGCACCUGAGGCGCGACAAGACGCCCAUCAUCCUCGUCGGUCACUCCAUGGGCGGCCUGGUCAUCAAGAAGGCCUACCUCUUCGCCCAGCGUGACAGCCAGGCAACGGACCUUGCUUCGAGGAUCCAGUGCAUGUUCUUCAUGGCCACGCCGCACCGCGGCAGCGACUCGGCCAAGCUACUGAACAACAUCCUGCGUGCGAGCGCCGUCCACAACAGCAAGGGGUACAUCACCGACCUCAUUCCCAACUCGUCGCAGAUUUCCAGCAUCAACGACGAGUUCAGGCACUCGACCGACUCCCUUCAAAUCUGGUCCUUCUACGAGACCGUCAGGACCAAGCUCGGCACUAGUAGCGCCGCCAUCGUUGGCAAGGAAUCUGCUAUCAUGGGACACAAGCAAGAGAUAGUGAACCCGUUGUAUGCCGACCACAGGAAUAUCUGCAAGUUCGACAGUCCCGCAGAUCCAAACUACGCUUUCAUCCGGAACUCGUUGGUAAAGGCCACCGAAGACGUCCUUGGCGACAUAUUCACUGAAAAGGCGGACGAGACUAGGGUCGAGAUCAGCUUGCUCGAGACGUACCUGCACAUCACCCACGACCCCGAAGACGACAUACUCAACAUUGAGUCCAAAAAGAUUCCAGGGUCUUGCGAAUGGCUUCUGGAAACACCAUCUUUCCGGGACUGGAGAGACGGGGAUUCGGCAAAGCAUCCACUGCUAUGCUACUGGCUGACGGGCCAGCCGGGCGCAGGGAAGUCGCUCUUGACGUGCCACACCAUCCGACACCUGCAGGACGACCUCGGCGUGGAUACAUGCUACUACGUCUUCCGACAUGGGCGGCGGGGGCAGCAGACUGCCAGCAGCAUGCUCCGUGCCCUUGCCUUUCAGAUGGCCAUGUUGCACCCCGCCGCCCGUAGGGCCUUGGUUUCCAUGAGCGAGGCAGGUGUCACGUUCGACAAGGACGACGAACGAACCAUCUGGAAGAAGAUAUUUGUCAAUGGAGUCCUGUCGCUCCCAAUCCCCUCGGCACAGUAUUGGGUUAUCGACGGGCUCGACGAGUGCAUCAAUGCAGACCGACUCCUGUCGUUGCUCUGCAGCCUGCAGCCUGAGCCCGACCGCAUUUCCCUGCGAAUCUUCUUUAGCUCCCGCCGACUACCGGACCUUGAAAGGCACUUCUCCCGCUUCGACACCGAUGAGCGGCUUUACCGCCAUCAAAUCAGCUUCGAGGACACACGGGCCGACAUUCAGCGCCUCGUAGAAGACAGCUCCGACAGCCUUCCUGUCGAGCCGGAGAGACGGGCUGAGCUUGUUGAGAAGUUGGUAUCCCGAUCUGACGGUGCCUUCCUCUGGGCUGACUUGGCGCUUGAUGAGCUUGGCAAGGUCUUUGACGAGGACGAGAUCAACGAGGCGCUGGACCAGGUUCCCCUUAAGAUGGAAUCACUGUACACUCGCAUUCUUGAGGAUAUGGAAAACAACAGGCGCCAUAUCAAGCUAAUGGCGGCACUCCUCGAGUGCGCGGUUUGUAGCACGCGUCCGCUCAAAGUUGACGAACUACAAGCCUGCCUCUCUUUACAGCUCGGCUCACGGGUCCUCAAUAUCGAGCGCAUCAUCGACGAGUUGUGCCCCCAGCUUCUCCGUGUCGAUCCCCACGGGAACGUGCAGCUCGUUCACGCAACCGUCGGCGACUUCCUCCUGAGCGACGACUGCACAUCCGCCUUUCAGCUGCAAAAGAGCGCCGCACACGCAGACCUAGCCACCGUCUGCCUUGGGUACCUAGUCGAAGAUGAGAUGCGCCCACCCCGCCACCCUGCGUUUGCAUCCAAGGCCUCCGCCAAGGUAAAGGUUAGGUCGGCGUUUGCCGACUACGCCUGCACUUCGUGGUCUGAACAUCUAGCGCUGUCGUCUUCGGCUUCGGACGAACUGUUCCUCCUCUUGGACAAGUUUUUCCGAUCCAACGUGCUGUCGUGGGUAGAGCAUGUCCUCCGCCGGAAGGGCAACCUCUACCACCUGGCAAGAGCAUCGAGGAAUCUGCAGAGGUACCUCGAUCGGAGGGUGAAGCACACGUCUCCUAUUGGGAAGCAAUUCAGCAACAUACAGGCUUGGCAGACGGACCUCGCGCGCAUCGCACUCAAGUUUGGCACCAGUCUGCUCGAGGACCCUUCGGCAAUUCACUUUGUCGUCCCUCCCUUGUGUCCUACCCUCUCCGGCAUACAUCGCGAGUUUGGCAACAGUGCCAAGGGGCUCCAUUUGGCCGGAAUCACCAACGAGACCUGGGACGACUGCAUAUGCUACAUCGACUAUCGCCUUGGGCGUGCUGUGUGUCUGACGGCUUGCGACGGCUGGUUCGCCAUAGGUAUGAAGUCGGGACACGUCAAGCUCUACCGACAAACUGCUUGCGACCAAGCUGCCCAGCUCGACCACGGCGAGCCUGUCAGGUGCUUGAAGUUUGACCAUGCCUCACGGCGGCUUGUGUCCUUUGGCUUCAGCAAGAUGAAGAUGUGGAAGAUUGACGACGCAACCUGUUUAUGGACCGUUGCUCGCGAUUCCAAGAGCCUUGUGACCACGGUCACUUUCACCGAGGACGACAGCUCGCUCCUUACGGUUGACAAGCACGGCAACAUUGCGGCCUUUAGCGCCAAGUAUGGCAUCAGGAUUGACGAGCCGAGCACCGCUCAAACCUUGACACACAGACGCGGCACCCGGCAGGUCAUCUUGGACGCCGACAUCUGUCCCAAUGCCGAGCUGCUCGUGAUCGCGCACCGGGGCAGACCUCCACAGAUCUGGGGACUGCAGCCAGACGUUAUGAUUGGUGUUUGCAAUCUCCGGCGGGAUACCCCAGGACACCCCAUCAUGUCAGUUUCCGAGGUCCUCUUCAACCCGAACCCGGCCAUCGAGCUAUUGGCCGUAUCAUAUCAGGACGGCGAACUUGCCAUCUUUGAUCGCUGGGCGGAAGAGGAGCACGAGCUCAAAUCAGUGGCUGGAAACGCGUUGGCGCUCUCCUCGAGCCCUGACGGACACACCCUGGCGACUGGGGACGCCCAUGGGGUCAUAAAGCUUUGGGACUUUGAGACCUUGUCACUCAUGUACUGCAUUCGCUCCAACGAGACCGAGGUGCGGUCACUGGCCUUCAGCGGCGACGGCAGCCGCCUUUACGACAUCCGAGACACCAAGACCAAGGUCUGGGAGCCCUCAGUGCUUCUACGCAAAGCCGCGACGGAGGAGUCGAGCAUCAGUGAUUCCGUGGCGGCACUAAUCCCAGCUGUCGACGCGCCUGUCAGCCAAGAGACCCUCGAUGUGACGCACGUUAUCGCCCCGCCAGGUGCCGGCUGUAUCCUCGCUGGUCGCAACGAUGGAGCCGUUGCCGUCGGCGACCUGCACACCGGAAUCAUUGCUUCCUCGCCGCUCUAUACACAUCCCAAGGGCACAUACGUCACCAAAAUCGCUUGGAACAGUUCCCUCAUCGCGAGCGCCGACUCGGAUCGUCAGGUCGAAGUGCGCGCCAUUAGAGACGGAAGCCAACCGGGGUCUCCAGCACCUUGGUCCGCGGACCAAACGCCCAUCUAUGAAACUAAGCUCGAUGGGCCCCUUCUGACCUUGAUGCUCCACCCAGACCAGCCGUUGCUGUUGAUUUCCUUGGGUCUCGAAACAAGGCUGGUGGACCUGGUAUCAAGAGAGGAACGCAUACUUCGUUGCGAGCACGAUGACGACCCGUUCCGCACCUGGGCCUGGGUUACCUUGCCGCAUGGACCUGUUUGCGUCCUUGGUGCUCGCGCGCACGAAAUCGACGCAUUCACCUGCGAGCCAGGGCCUGAGAUGACCCUGUUCUACAGAUGGGGAGUUGCCGCCAAAGACGCUGAGCCGGCGGCAAUAGAGAACAUCGCGGUCGACAAAUCAGGCAGCUGUAUUGCCGUCACUCUAGAGGGUGAUCUUCAACACCCGGAAGCGCCCAAGCUGCUCCUCUACCGAGCCUCGGCCAUCGGCGCUGCCCUCGAGACAGGCGACGGUCCGAAAGCCGAGACGGCUGCGGGAGACAUUUUGGGGCAACUUCCAAACCGAAGCGUCAAGGCCUUCUACGGCUUUUACGGCGACCGUGUUGUCUUUCUGGAUCACGACCUCUGGGUGCGCUCCGUCGCCACCGCCGUCUCCAUCCCGCUCGGCCCUAGACGGGUGAGGCGAAGGCGCAGCACAUUCAGCAGCAGGAGCACCGAGGAGCCAGCAUCCAACGGACACUUCUUCGUGCCACGCGAGUUCAUCAGCACGAGCAACGGGGCGGACCCUGUCUUGACGGUCGACGGUGCCGUCAUCUUCCCGCAGGAGGGGGAGCUCGGCGUCAUCCGAAACGCGCUAGAGUGGACAUUUGGCAACUCCACGGGCGACGACCAGCAGAUAAGCUCGCACUCUCCCUCCUCCUCUUCUACGGCCGGGUCGGGGUCCGCCCGGAUGAGGAGGCGCAGUGGGACCAACAACUCCAACUCCCUGGGGCGAGUAUCCGGGAGGAGAGCCUUCAACACAGCGAUUAGAACUCCCAUAGCGUAGGGUGCCGCGUGCUUUCGUCGAUGGCAGUUGGUGGUGCAUACCUUGGUUGAACACUCCCUCCAUCUCUGUCCAGGCUCAAAUAAGAAUGUAUCCUUGAAACCUAACUCAAUGUAUAUGUGUGCCUGUUGGUUCGGUCUUGGAACCGAAGUUACGAUAUUCUCACCAGCAACUAUAAUUCCUGGUUUUGCCCAAUCACGUCGAAAAAUUGACGUCCCAUCACUCACAACCUCAGUCGUGUCAAGACUACCCCAGAAUGGACAGUGUAAUUGCUCGG